UCGGAACGGGGUUGGGUCUCCAAUCUCCAUUCCAGCGAAGCAGCAUAGAACGCCCGAGGUUGAGAUGGAGCGGCUGCAUCGCAUCUUCUCGGGGGCGGGAGCGAUGGGGCACCCGCCCACUGACUCCCCGCUGCUCGACUCGUCGGAGCAGGUCUACAUCUCCUCCCUCGCCCUCCUCAAAAUGCUGAAGCACGGGAGGGCUGGGGUUCCGAUGGAGGUGAUGGGGUUGAUGCUGGGGGAGUUCGUGGACGAGUACACGGUGCGGGUGGUGGACGUGUUCGCCAUGCCGCAGAGCGGGACCGGCGUCAGCGUCGAGGCUGUCGAUCAUGUCUUUCAGACCAAUAUGCUCGAUAUGCUCAAGCAGACCGGAAGGCCUGAAAUGGUGGUAGGCUGGUACCACUCUCAUCCAGGCUUUGGUUGUUGGCUUUCUGGGGUCGAUAUAAAUACACAGCAGAGUUUUGAAGCCCUGAAUCCAAGGGCAGUAGCAGUUGUCAUAGAUCCAAUCCAGAGCGUUAAAGGGAAAGUUGUCAUUGAUGCGUUCCGCUUGAUCAAUCCUCAGACCAUGAUGCUAGGCCAAGAACCUCGCCAGACUACUUCCAAUGUUGGGCAUCUGAACAAACCAUCCAUUCAGGCACUUAUCCAUGGUUUGAAUCGGCAUUACUACUCAAUAGCUAUAAAUUAUCGAAAAAAUGAGCUUGAAGAAAAGAUGUUACUAAACCUGCACAAAAAGAAGUGGACUGAUGGAUUGACUUUGCGGAAGUUCGAUACCCAUUCCAAAACUAACGAGCAGACUGUGCAGCAUCGUCUAAUGACCUGUCGUGAUGUUGGGUGUAUGAGCAGGAAAUGCUGAAUUUAGCCAUCAAGUAUAACAAAGCAGUUCAGGAGGAAGAUGAGCUGCCACCAGAGAAGCUGGCGAUUGCAAAUGUUGGAAGGCAAGAUGCAAAGAAGCAUUUGGAAGAGCAUGUCUCGAACUUGAUGUCAUCAAACAUAGUUCAGACUCUGGGGACCAUGCUAGACACAGUUGUGUUCUAACAGGUCUACAUUGCAGAAGACAUGCUUGCUUAACUUUCUUAGUUGAACCGAGUUAGAUCGUCUUUUUCUUUUUUCCAAAAUGAAUCUCAUGCGGACUGGCUUUGAGUGACGAUGAUAUUGUUGUUAACGGGAUAGCUUUCAGGAGCAUGAGGGACCAUAUUUGCGAGUAAGCCCUUAUAUUGAAGUUCUCCAUUCAAAUUUCA